UUUUCCCUUAAAGCCUGAGAAAUAAUUUUAGGACUUUUUCAGAAUCACAUUAUUGCUAUCUGAAAACAAGACUAACAGAAACGUGAAGUGACAGUGAAGCAAAUGGAUAUGUUCUUAAUGAAACUUUUAGGUCUCAUAACUGGAAUAACUUUCAAAGGUUGAUGUGCUGGAUCAGUGUUUCUCAAAAUUGAACAAGAAUGACAGUCACUUAGAAUGCUUGUAAAAAUACAGAUACCCAGGCCCUAAUCCAGAUUUCCUAAAUAAGAGUGUCUAAGAAAGAAGAUUUUUUUUUUUCCUUUCCUUUUACUUCCAUUUUAAAACCUUGGAUGAUUUUUAUAAAAAACAGUUUCAGAUAACACUGGUCUGGAUGAUAUACUUUCUUUUGAAGGUUUUCAACUAGAUUUCUGUAGGCAAAAUAUUUUAAUCUAGCUAUUCAUAUUUCUUUGCCCUAUUUCUAAAACACUUCAGGCCUGAGGACUUGCGCCGUGAAUUUGGUCGAUAUGGCCCUAUAGUAGACGUUUACAUUCCACUUGACUUCUACACUCGCCGCCCAAGAGGAUUUGCUUAUGUUCAAUAUCCUUUAUUUUGUGUGCAUGUUAAUGUACUGUAUACAUGUGCAUAUAUAUAUAUGUUUUCAGGAGCAUAUGUUAUAAGAUUAACAUUGCCUAACUGUGUUUAUUUCUUUAUCUCAGAAAAUCUAAAGCAGUCCACAGUAGCUGGCAAGCACCCCCCAGUUUGAACCAACCUUUUAGCUAGAAUUCAAGCAUAAACCAAGCAGGCAAGACAAAAGGCACCUAAAGUUCAACCAUCAAGGAGUAAAGAGGGAGGGUGGACACAGAUAUAAAGACCUGGAAGAGGGGAAGGAAGUCUUUAUCAAGCAAAAAGACAAAGCCAACUUUGAGACUUCGGCUUUCCUACAUUUACUCAGAGUUCCAGAGUCAAAGCCAAGUCUGAUUUUGUUGGUUCUGCAUCUCUUAUAAAGUCCAUCUUGCAAGUCUUAAAGAGUAAAGGUCAAGGUUCAAGAUCAAGUGACAUUGAGCACCAGGCCAAAUGAAAUCAAAAGAACGACAUCCUUGUUCUCCAGCUGAUCACAGGAGAUCAAGAAGCCCCAGUCAAAGGAGAACUCGAAGUAGAAGUUCUUCAUGGGGAAGAAACAGGAGACGUUCAGAUAGCCUUAAAGAGUCUCGACACAGGCGAUUCUCUUAUAGCCAGUCUAAAUCUCGUUCGAAAUCACUACCAAGGCGGUCUACCUCAGCACGGCAGUCAAGAACUCCAAGAAGGAAUUCUGGUUCUAGAGGACGGUCAAGGUCCAAAUCCUUACAAAAAAGGUCCAAGUCAAUAGGAAAAUCACAGUCAAGUUCACCUCAAAAGCAGACUAGCUCAGGAACAAAAUCAAGAUCACAUGGAAGACAUUCUGACUCGAUAGCAAGAUCCCCAUGUAAAUCUCCCAAAGGGUAUACCAAUUCUGAAACUAAAGCACAAACAGCAAAACGUUCUCAUUUUCGGUCACAUUCCAGAUCUCGGAGUUAUCGUCAUAAAAACAGUUGGUGAACAACAGAAGAGCAUUACAUAGUCUUUAAUAUAAGUUAUUAUAUCUCUCCUUAUGUUAAAUAAAAACUCUUCGAGGCUU